AUGGCGGCGGAGUGGCCCGCGGCAGGGGCGCCCGCGGCCGAGGCCGUCGGCGCCCACCUGCACGCCCUGACCAGUGCCCUGGACCUGCAGGCGGCCCUGGUGCGCGACGCCCUCGGGCUGCACCCCGACGCCGCGCUCGCGGGCUUCCGGAGCUCGGCCGAGGAGGCGCUGAGCAGGUUCGACGUCGCCCUCGGCAGCCUCCGGUCCGACCUGCUCGCCGUGACGGCCCCCGCCACGAAGGGCUCCGGGGAGGCUCCGAGGGCGAGCGCCGUGGAGGGCCCGCUCGCGCAUGCGGCACAGCACGAGGGCGCCUCGCCCAGCAAGUCGCGCCCGAGUGCCACCACCACCACCGUGGCCGCAUCAACGCCAGGCCCCGCCCAGGAGCCCGCCUGGAGCGGCAGCGCACCGAGCAGCGCGCGCAAGAGCAGCGCAAACCGCUGCGACACGCCGCCCAGAGAAGCGACCGGCCAGGCCGCGCCCUGCCCGUCGGACCGUUCCGGCGGGUCAGACGCCGUCUUUGAAGACCGCACCAACACCCCCUACCUGCUGCAGGUGUUGAGGAACCGCACGACCGCCGCCCCGUGCGUCGACGGCGUGCUGAACCCGGACUGGCCCCCAAGGCUGGCGUGGGACUUGGCGGUCAUCUUGUUGGUCCUGUGCGACAGUGUCGUGAUCCCGCUGCAGCUGGCUGAGUUCCGCACCGAGCAAGGCUUCAACGAGUCCUGGCUUUGGAUCACGGUCGGGUUCUUCCUGUGCGACUUGGUGGUGAAUUUCUUCACCGGCUACCACUCGGGAACGAACGACAAGCGCUGGGCAGAGGGGACCCUCGUCACCGAGAGGGCCAGCAUUGCAGUGCACUACCUCCGUGGAUGGUUCUGGAUUGAUUUCCUGAGCACCGUGCCCUGGAGCGUCUUGGCCGGCGCGCUUAGCCCGAACAGCGAGACGGACUCGUCCCAGCUGACGAAGCUCGCAAAGGUCGUCAAGUUGACGCGACUUCUCAGGCUGAUGAGGAUGCUGCGCCUCUACAAGCUGUCGGUCAUGUGGGAGCGCAUCGAGGGCAGGAUCGGCUCCAUCACGGCCCUGAACGUGGUGAGCCUGCUCAAAGUCCUCGGCGUGUGGGCCGCGAUCUGCCACUGGGGCGCCUGCUUGUGGUGGAUGGUCGGAAAGAGAGACAGCCUGAUGAUGAUCUUGACAUUCCAGGACGAUGAUCCAGAGGGGCUCCACUGGACGGAACUGCCGCGCGUGCACAGCACGCACGACGGCUUCGGAUACUGGACGUGGUUGGAAAAGCCUGCCUCCGAGCAGUACGUUUUCUGUUUCUACUGGAUCUUGGGAGUGAUGCGUACCAUGCCAGCGGAGGUCACGCCCGUCAACCUGAUAGAGAGGGUCUUUACCCUUCUGUUUAUGUUCUUCGCCAUCAUGGCCUUCGCCAUCAACGUCGCCCGCCUCACGCAGGCAUGGUUCAAGUUCAGUGCACGCAAAGACGCGUUCAAGGAAGAAAUGGCGUAUGUGCGCAUGCACCUGAGAACGACCAAGUGCAGAACGUCGCUGCAGCUACGCACGCAGGCGUACCUGAGGCACCUCUUCGAGACGAGGAGACUCCAUGCCAAGGAGCUGGGCCUGCUGAGCACCCUGCCCGAGGAGCUGAAGCGAGAUAUGGCGCAGACCCUCAGGAUCCCCUUCCUCAGGAUGAUGGUACGACUCCGGGACUGGACCGAUCCAAUGCUGCGAGCAGUGUGCGAUGCCACUCAGACCGUAGACGUCCUCACGGGCGAUCGGAUCACGGAGAAGUGCAGUGAAGCCGAGGCUGCGUACGUGGUCAUGAGCGGUGGCCUGCAGGUCUUCGAGGUCUACACGUCGAAUGAGGCCAGCAGCAGAACCAGCAUCACGUCCAUGCUCGGAAGCCUGUCGCUGUCAUCGAACCGGGCCGCCGCCCCCCUGACGGUCGUGGAUGAGCACUGCUUGUUCGAUGUGGGGGCGAAUGUGCUGUGCAAGAACACCGUGGUGGCGAUGGAGUGCUCGGAGGUGUUGCGCGUCGACCGGCAGAGGUUCCAGCAAGUGCUGCGUCAGCGCCGCGACGGCGAUCCUGAGCUCUGUCACGGCAAGGACAGCAAUCAGUUCAAGCGCAGGGCCAGCACAGAUUCAAUGUUGGGCAAUCGGCGCCGUUCGCGACACUCGGUAGCGUGGCAGAGCAUCGUGACACGCCUAGGUAUCCCAGGCGCAUCAGGCUGA